AACGUCAUUCUAGGCAGUUCGAUCGGUAGCGGGAGCGGAGAGCGGACAGCAGGGAGCUCGAAGGCAGCAGCCCCCCACCGCCGGCCUGAGUUACCAUCAACACCCGGGGAAGGAAACAAACGUGCCACCGCCGGCCCGAGUCACCACCUCUGAAGGCAACCAGAGUCGUCAUUACCACCACGCAGCCAUUAUCACCAUGAGCAGCGACGUCGAAACGCAGCAGCAGCCAGCCGCCCUGGAGAGCAAGUCCGACCCGGAACCGGCGGCUACCGUGGGGGAGAAGAAGGUCAUCGCAACCAAGGUUUUGGGCACUGUCAAAUGGUUUAAUGUGCGUAAUGGAUAUGGCUUUAUAAACAGGAAUGACACCAAGGAAGAUGUGUUUGUACACCAGACUGCCAUCAAGAAGAACAACCCAAGGAAGUAUCUUCGCAGUGUGGGAGAUGGAGAGACUGUAGAAUUUGAUGUAGUUGAAGGAGAGAAGGGUGCAGAGGCAGCUAAUGUAACUGGUCCUGGUGGUGUUCCAGUCCAAGGGAGCAAAUAUGCAGCAGAUCGCAAUCAUUAUCGGCGAUAUCCACGUCGCAGAGGUCCUCCACGUAACUACCAGCAAAACUACCAAAACAGUGAAGGUGGAGAGAAGCCAGAAGAAGUUGAAAGUGCAGCAGAGGGAGAGGGUGCUAAUCAACAAAGGCCUUACCGGAGGCGUCGCUAUCCACCAUACUAUCUAAGAAGACCAUAUGGACGCAGACAACAAUAUCCCAAUGCCCCAGUACAGGGUGAAGUAGUGGAGGGAGCGGAUAACCAAGGAGUAGGAGAACAAGGCAGACCAGUACGACAGAACAUGUACAGGGGGUUUAGACCACGAUUCCGCAGAGGACCACCUCGUCAGCAGCAACCCAGGGAAGAAGGGAAUGAAGAAGAUAAAGAAAAUCAGGGGGAUGGAACCCAGAGUCAACAACCACCUCAACGCCGAUACCGCCGUAACUUUAACUACAGACGCAGACGCCCAGAAAACCCUAAACCACAAGAUGGUAAAGAGACCAAGGCAGCCGAAACAUCAGCAGAAAACACGUCCGCUCCCGAGGCUGAGCAGGGCGGGGCUGAGUAAAUACCGGCUUACCACCUCUACCACCAUCCGGUUUUGUCAUCAAAUAAAAACAAGAUUUGAAAUUCCAGCAAUAAGAAAUUGAACAAAGAAUUGGAACUGAAGACCUUAAGUGCUUGCUUUUUGCUGUUGACCAGAUGUCGUUCUGCAUGGUUUCUUGCAGCGACAUUUUUAUUUUUUAUCUAUGGUCUCCUUUUGGGAAUGACAAUUUUUUAAAAACAUAUUUUUUCGCAAUCUACCUACAAAGGUUUUUAAAUUGUUUAUCUGGUCAAACCAAGAUUUUUAAGAACCUCCUUUUUAAUUUGUAAUAAAAGUACACCUGAUUCUUUUCAAAGUCAACAAACUGCAAGCAUCUGUUAAUAAAGGUCUCAAAAUA